AUGACAACAUUGAGAAUAUUGGCAAAGGGUGACUAUGUGUCAGAAGUUGCAGAUUUGCAUGGCAUUUCCAUUGCGUCUGCAUCUAGAGUAGUUCAUUCUGUUUGCGCUGCUAUUUGUGAGAGGAUUCAGAACAUCAAGUUCCCAAGAGAAGAAGCCGAACAGAGGAGGGUAAAAGAAAUGUUCUACGACAUCAGUAGCUUUCCAAAUGUAUUGGGUGCCAUUGAUGGGACGCUGAUUCCCAUCCAAGGGAUGUCAGGGGAUGAUGAGCCAAAUUAUGUGUGUAGAAAACAGUACCACGCAAUAAAUGUGCAGGCCAUCUGUGAUGCAGAAUUGAAGUUUACAAACACAGUUGUUAAGUGGCCAGGAGCCACUCAUGAUGCCUUCAUUCUGGCCAAUUCAAAUAUACCAACAAUAAUGGAGGAUCAGAAUGGAUGGCUUCUUGGGGAUUCCGGCUAUGGAUUGAAGAAAUGGCUCAUGACUCCCUUAAUGAAACCCAAUUCACAGCAAGAAAUAAGCUACAACAAGUCUCACUGCAAGACGAGGAACACGGUAGAGAGGGCAUUUGGUGUUGUGCUUAAAGCUCGCUUCAGAUGUCUUCAUAAAACCGGUGGAUCCCUCCAAUUCAACUCUCCUAAGUGUUGCAAGAUGAUUGGGGCAUGUUUCAGACUGCAUAACAAGGCUUGCAGUGAAGGGCUGCCAGUACCUGAAGAUGUGGACAUUCAACAGUUAGCGCAUCAUAACAUUAUCAAUGAUGACCAACAAAAUAAUGAGGCAAUCGCUAUAAGGAGGAGAUUAAUCCAGAGAUUUUGAGUCAAAUUAAAUUUGGGAAAACACUGAUU